AAAUGUUCACAGGAAGGGGGGCGGAUUAUUGGGGCUUGGCCUUUCCCCCCACCACCCCUUUGUCCUUCUGGGUUUCUAUAAAAGCAACGCUGCCUUUGGUUCCUUCCCAUUUCAGUACACAGCAGCAGUAGCAGUAGCAACAGCAACACACACACACAACAACAAAUCAUCCCUUCUCUCCUCCUCCUCUUCACCCCUCCCAAACCUAUAACACAAUCAUGCGUGCUAUUCUCGCCGCCGCCCUUCUCGCCACCGCCGUAUCGGCUGCGCCAUCCCGCUACUCGUCCAACAACUACGGCUACCAAGAGCACUACGAGCCAUGCAAACAUGCUCAAAAGCAGACUUGGUGGGACAAUAAUGGUGUAGAGUACGGAUGGGACAACUACGCCAACAAGGCUUGCUUGGUCGUCAAGGAGCACAAUUACUACAACGACUAUAAGCAGGACUACCACAACGAUUACAAGCACAAUGAGUACAAGAACGAUUACAAGAACGAUUACAAGAACGACUACAAGAACGACUACAAGAACGACUACAAGUCGCACAACUCGUACUUUGCACCCGCCGUUCGUCCCUACUACGCUGCACCAUACGCGGCCAACAGCUACGAGUCUUACUGCGAUGCCAAAUACCAGGACAAGAGCUACAACGAGUGCAAUGAGUCUUACGAAUACGCCAAGAAGAACUACUGCAAACAGUACGGUUCCAGCGGAACCAAGCACGGUGAUUGUAUCACGGAGCUUUCCAAGAAGAAGGACGAGUGCGUCAAGUCGAUUGACCACCACAAGUCUUACUGCUGGGACAAAAAGUACCUUCCAGAGGGAGGUUACUACGAGACUCCCAAGAACGACUAUUACGAAGAACCCAAGAAGGAUUACUACGAGGAACCCAAGAAGGACUACUACGAAGAGCCCAAGAAGGAUUACUACGAAGAGCCCAAGAAGGACUACUACGAAGCUCCCAAGAACGACUACAAACAGGACUACUACGAGGCCCCAAAGAGUUCUUACCUGCGCCACCCUGCUGCAUACGAGCAACCUAAGCAGGACUACUACAAGCCUGAAAACCAAUACUACGAAGCCCCCAAGCAGUCUUACUACGAAGAGCCCAAGAAGGACUACUACGAAGAACCCAAGAAGGACUACUACGAAGAGCCCAAGAAGGACUACUACGAGGCGCCCAAGAAGGACUACUACGAGGCGCCCAAGAAGGACUACUACGAGGCGCCCAAGCAACACUACGAGGGCGGCAAGACCUACGACUGCUCUAGCGCCAAACAUUACUUCGACUCUACGGGCUCCCCUACUUUGAAGCAAUGCGCAUCCCUUGCUUGCAGCCCUGGCCAGACUUCCGACUACAUCCAGCGUGCAUUAUACCAAUGCUAUGCACUUGAACAGGCUGCCAAGCGCAACAACGGUGGCUACCUUCCCAAGGGAUGGUAAAUAGGUUAUUCUGCUGAGCGAGAUGCAAGGGUGGAUGUAAAUACUGUUGGAUAACCGGUUAGUGGAUCUUAUGUAAAGUGGGUCGUGCUUUGGGCAAGCUAGAGUGUCGGCUAGUGAAGUUAGACAUGAAGUGGACGGACAUUGGAGGAAAUGGCUCUUUCUGUGUUAUUGUUCUCUACCACUGUUGUAAAGUGGCCCAAUGUUGGAAAGUUUCCAAAUACACAUUCUUUUUUCUAUUUGAACAUAUUGCGCAA